CCCGGCGCUCCCCGGCCCCGCCUCCGCGGAGCAGCGCGGUGAGAGGCGCGGAGCGGCGCGGAGCCCCGAAGAGACGCGGAGAUGCAGAGCUCGGCCUGGGCGCGUUUCUAUUCCAACAGCUGCUGCCUCUGCUGCCAUGUCCGCACCGGCACCAUCAUCCUCGGCGUGUGGUACCUGAUUAUCAAUUCAGUGGUAUUGCUGAUUCUGCUGAGCGCCCUGACUGAUCCUGACCAGUACCAUCUAACCAGUGCUGAAUUAGGGGGUGAAUUCGAAUUUAUGGAUGAUGCCAAUAUGUGCAUUGCCACAGCAAUUUCUCUUCUUAUGAUUCUGAUCUGUGCAAUGGCUACAUAUGGCGCAUAUAAGCAACAUGCAGCUUGGAUUAUCCCUUUCUUCUGUUACCAGAUCUUUGACUUUGCUCUCAACACAUUGGUUGCCAUCAGUGUACUCGUCUAUCCCAGCACAAUUCAGGACUACCUCCGCCAGCUGCCCGCCAAUUUUCCCUACAAGGAAGAGAUUAUGUCUGUGAACCCUACGUGUCUGGUUGUGAUUAUCCUCCUUUUCAUAAGUAUCAUUUUGGCUUUUAAGGGUUACUUGAUAAGCUGCGUGUGGAACUGUUACCGAUACAUUAAUGGCAGGAACAACUCGGAUGUGCUGGUGUACAUUACCACCAAUGACACUGCGGUCCUGUUGCCACCAUAUGAUGAUUCUGUGAAUGGAGCUGCUAAAGAUCCACCACCACCUUAUGUGUCAGCAUAAAUGAGAGGGUGCUGUGUACCUAGGGAGGAUAGCUUUACUUUUCAGACAUUGGAGCAAUAGUUUGAUAAUUCCACUUCCAGGAUAUAACUUCUAUGGGUUAUACAUUGCUGUUUUGCUGACAUAUUGAAAACUAAAUUGUAUCAUUAAAUUUCUGUAGAUAGUUUUAAUAAUUUGCUGCAACUACAGUAGUGUUUCAGAAACUAGUGAACUAGUUUCAGAACAAUUCUGGGUAGUGCUAAGGUUAGGGUAGUCACUGAAUAGCUUUUUCCACCAUGUCUGACAUGCAGUGUUAGAGAACAUCAUAGAAAGUUGCAUUCCCAAUCAGGUUGAGAGUGUAACUUACUUUUUUUUAAUUUGUGAACCUUCCAAAGUGUUACAAAUGUGUUUCUCAGAUGCCCACUUUCACCUUCAGAAUACAGACCAAGUCCAAAAAGGUGACAUUCCACUUCAUUCCUGUUCUGCAGGGAUUUAUUAAGUUGUUAUGGUAUAAAGGAUGAUGAUUGCAAGAAGAAGAAUGAGUCUUACGCACUAUGCUCAUCAACCUGGCUAAUGGGAAACAAAUUUAAUUGGGAAGAAUAAGUAUGGGAAAUAAGAGCAGACAAAGCACUCUGUGACGUGUAACAAGCCAGAACCUGUGGUCUACAUGGACUCACUUUGUCCCAACCUACAACCAUUUUAACACUUACAAAACAAAAAAAAAGAGUUCUUACCAACUUUUGGUAAGUUUCUUUUCCUGCCUGUACACAUUUUUCCUUCCCACCAACCUCACAAAUAGUAUUUUGAGGUCACAAAAUCCCUGCUUUUAAAGCCCCAUGGUUAGGUGACAGAGCUGCAACUUUCGCACUCGAUAUGCAAAUGUUUUUCCAUUGGAAUGUGCCUGUAAAUAUCACAGUAUUCAGCUGAGUGUGAACUAAAUUAUGCAGAUUCUAAAAUAUAUGUUCCCAACCUAUGGGAAAUUUAUGCAUGUAACUUCCUCAAGUAUCAACAGAAAUGUUUUGCGUGUUUCUCAUAUACAUCAGCAUGGGGAUUUUAGAUUCCUUUUAUGAUUGAACUGGUUGUGCUGGGAAUCUUUCCCAUGGGACUCAUCCAUCCAUGAAUGUUUGUGUGAGGUAUUUAUUUAUUCCCCGGAGAAGUGCCUCCUGCACAUGUAACUUUUUGUUGUUGAUGAAGGUUCUACUUUUAACUGAAAAGGAACAGGGAAAGGGAAUAUAAUGUGUGUUUCUACCUCUCUUUGUUUCCCCCUGUGUUGUUUCCUCUGCAGUUGGGGUGAUUGAACAGGCUGAAGUUAGACUGAUGCCAGUGCACAUCACCCCAGGUAAAGGGCAGUGCGGAGCUGAGCCACAGUGUGGAGGAGCACCAGAAGAAACCUCGGUGCUGUCUCUCCUGUGGCUGGGCUGGCAUAUGAGCCCACACCCUCCCUGAGGAGGACACCCAUUCUCGCCCUCAGUGCACUGACUCCAUCGUGCAGACUGAACAAGAGUGCAACUUCUCCUGCCUUUUUCUGGAAAAAGAGCUUUCCAGGGGAACGCAGGACCAACAACUUCUUUACAUGGAGAUUGCAACUAUGACCUGUCCUUGCAGAGGCCAGGGAAAGAAGGGCCAGACUCUUUCUGCCUGCCUCUUCCACAUUCCUGGGAAAGGCAGAUCCCCAUCUGCUUAUUGGAAUUUUACUUCGGGGUUCAUCUACUUUGAGAUCAAACUGAGCAAUGCUUUUGACUGAACCAAUCCUGAAGUCCAUCCAUUGAUGACACAGUCCUAUUGCUUCCUUCAGAAUAACUCCAUGUAUUAUUAUCUCAUUACAGUUCUCUUUGGGAAUGAAUCUGAAUUUGGGGGUUGGGCUGGCUGGCUGGGCUUCUGAGCUUCAUUUUCUUUCAUUCUUGACAGAUUUGUGAAGGAUUUUAAACAGUCAUCUGUUUGAGAAAAGCCAGCUGUAAAUACAUUGCAUCUGUGUAUACAAACUUCUCUACAAUAAAAGGGUGUUUCCUCAAAA